GUCUUUGAAGACCUUCACAUCUUCACUGAUGACCUAAUUUGCGCGCAGAGGGCAACAUGGCACAGGGUUCUCCGUGUGCUCCCGUUUUGUACACCUUUAAAACGAUAUAAAUGUGAGCAGCUGCAGUUCUUCCACUUUCUCAUCCCCACGGUGCACUUUUCUCACCAUUUCAUCCCGCCACCAGCUCACCUUCAGUUCCUUUUCUUUCACCUGCUACUGUUCGGGUUUGGCACCGCAACCCCACCAGCGCGCACUUUCACACAUUGGAUGCACUUCAGCAUCGGAAGGGGGAUAAAAAGUUUUUUUUUGAGGGUUUUUUUUAAGUUCUCCGACCACCAGGAUGAGCGUUAAAUCUGACUCCGAGCCCAACAACAACGUUGUUGAAGAGGAGGUGCGAACACUCUUUGUAAGUGGCCUACCAACAGACAUCAAACCUCGUGAACUCUACCUCCUAUUUAGACCUUUUAAGGGUUAUGAAGGUUCUCUAAUCAAAUUAACAUCAAAGCAGCCUGUUGGGUUUGUAACCUUUGACAAUCGGUCUGGUGCUGAAGCGGCAAAAAACGCCUUAAAUGGCGUUCGAUUUGACCCUGAGAACCCGCAGACCCUUCGUUUAGAGUUUGCUAAAGCCAACACGAAGAUGGCAAAGAGUAAGCUGAUGGGCACACCAAACCCCACAAAUAUCCACCCAGCUCUAGGGGCACACUUCAUAGCACGGGACCCAUAUGAUCUGACUGGGGCAGCACUGAUUCCUGCAUCUCCAGAGGCCUGGUCUCCAUACCCUCUGUACACAGCAGAGCUGAGCCCUGGGCUUCCCCACACAGCCUUCACCUACCCUGCUGCUGCAGCAGCCGCUGCGGCCCUCCACGCCCAGAUGCGUUGGUAUCCAGCAGCAACAUCUGAGUCCUCUCAACCUGGAUGGAAAUCAAGGCAGUUCUGUUAAAAAAAAAAAAAAAAGAUAUGAGUGGUGGCACAUUUCAAAUUGCAGCCUGUACUUGAUUCAUCCUGGCUGCUUGGGUUGUGAACUUCAUCUUUCUGCUGAACAGGAGGCUCAGAUGGUACAAGCACACUAGCACUUGCUUUAGUUCUGUUAUGAAAUGUUUUGAAUGAGAUUUCAGUAAGCAAUGGAGAUGUAAGACUGCUUGCUGUGUUCUAAUUCAGCAUCUGAGCCAGUCAGCUUUUUUUUUUCUUUCCUCUUUAACUAGUUAAAUAAGCUUUGUGCCCCCUUGUCAUAUGUAUUCCUCCUUGGCUUGAUGUAAUCUAAUCAUUUGUUUGUUACCUUAGUCCUUUUGUAUCGAGUAGUGGCCAGCUCUGUUUAGAGAGGUUGGGUGUCUGCCCAGACAGCUUGUGCAAGCUGUGAUUAUGCGUGAACUAUUAUUUUAAUGUGCCAUCUUGUCUAGGCUUGUAAACAUUUCCAUACAAGACAGCUUGACCUUGCCAAAUAGACAAUCCAAGUAUGUAGUCUGUAUGGGGAGAAAAGUGUGCAAUUAAAUAAAUAAUCUAAGUUAUUAUUUUUGUUUAAUAUUAAUAUCCUGUAGAACAGUUGUAGAACUGUGUUUUCCUUUGUUAGAUUUGUCAUGCUGACAAGUCUAACACUUUGUGGGUGGCAGAUAUAACUUAACAUUUGAUUGCUGUAGAAGGAUGUAUGCUGCUUGAUGGCACAUGAAUAUAAGAUGCAUGAAGGGGUUUUAAUGGAUUAUAGUACAUAUGGUAAACUGAAAUUAAUUUGUAAAAAAAGUAUGGAAAAUUGUAUGAUACAUUAUUAAAACAUGUUAAUGCAUUA